AAAUUGGGUGGCGUUUGACCUUAGGGGUUCCACUGUGCCUGUUUAAAAAGCCGUCUAAAUACUUCUAUUAUGAUAGCGGCCCUGAAAUGAUAUUUAUCUUCAUCAGGGUCGCUUUCGAGGGUAAAAUAGCGAUAAAAAAGUCAAUGUCGGUGCCAUUCUUGGCUUAGUCUCCCCGUUAGCCCGACUGGCUAAUCAGCAGUAAUUAGAUUAGCCCAAGCCUGCGCAGCAAACGAGGCUGAAAGUGGUGUGCUUGUGCAUGGUUCUGUGUCUGUGUGUAGUCAAAUCCGGAUGUUUCCAGCCAGUCUAUGCCGGGUGCUCUCCUGUGGGAUGGAUGACGUCCAAGAGCAGGACCAUUACGAGGAGCGCUUAAAGGAACUUUUCAGCAGCUUCGACGCCAGCGGUUGUGGCUCCCUGCGGCCGGAGGAGCUCGCCGACCUAUGUCUGUCGCUUCACCUGGACGACGUCACACCGGCCCUGCUGGACUCGCUGCUGCACGACCGGGACCGUCUCACCGCCAGGGUCGACUUUCACCAGUUCAAGGAUGCUCUCAUUCUGGUUUUGUCAUCGGGCAUGGAGGCGCCCCAAGCGGAGCAGGACCCCCCCGAACCCAGACCAGAGUCUCCCGAGAUCCAGCCCAAGUUUGUGAAGGGUGGCAAACGAUACGGCCGCCGCUCCACGCCCGAAUUCAUCCACGCCAUAUCAGACUCCUGCGAGGACGACACGCAUGCCGACCACCGUUCACGGGGCGGGGACGCCAAGGACAGCUGUGACUCAGCCAUUCCCAGGAAGCGUGAGCGUUGGAACGCUGAUGAAAGAAACACAGAAGAGUAUGAAGCAGAAGGCCAGAUGCACCUGUGGAACCCCGACGAGACCAACACCCCUCGAGCGUCCGCGCCGGCGCCCCAUUCCGAGCAUCUCGAAGCCAGGCUUGAAGAGGCAUGCCAGGACCUGGCCAUAGCGUGGGACGGAUGCGCCGGUCGCGCUGAUCUGCUCGCUCUGUGUGACUAUCUGGGCGUGGAGAUGAGUGCCGACGUGGUCCAGAGUCUCAACGGUGACAGCUGGAUGAACGUUCAGGAGUUUGUCUCCACGGUUUUAAUCCACAGUAAACCUGCCACCCCGUCUGCCUCCACUCCUUACAGGCAGCUUAAACGCCACCACUCCACCCAGCCCUUCGAUGAGGUGGGCCGCAGGAUUGCCACCCCCUCCGCCCUGAUGAGCACCAUCGGCACUCGACUCUUCUCCAGCCUGGACGACGGCACCGGCUUCAUUCCGGUGGAGUCCGUCAUGGACGCGUGGACGGAGGAGGGCGUGGAAAACGGCACAGAGAUCCUGCAGGCCUUGAAUUUCAGCCUGGACGGCAAGCUGAGCCUGUGUGAUCUCGCUGCGGCGCUGGAAAAUGAACUCCUGGCCACCAAGAACGGCGUCCACCACGCCGCGUUGGCCAGCUUCAAAGCGGAGAUCAGGCAUCUUCUAGAGCGUGUUGACGGAGAACUGAGGGAGAAAGAGAAACUCCGAUCGGAUCUGGAAAAGGCAGAGAGACUUAAAAACCAACUGGCCACUGAGGUGGAUGAGCAUCACUCGUCAAUCGAAGACACUAAUAACCUCAAUCUCAGGAAGUUGGAACAGGACCACCGAGAGAAGCUGGCCGCCGUCCGCUCGGAGAUGAUGGAGGAGAUGGACCAGAUUCGCCAGCAGGCGGCCCAGCAGCGCGAGGAGCUGGAGGCCAAGAUGGAGAAGAUCAAGGACGACGAAUCCUUCCUCAGGGACCAUCUCUCCAUCUCGGUGAAGGAAAACAGACGUCUGGAAGUGGAGUUGCUGGACUGCAGUGAAAAACUCCUAGAGACCGAAGGCCAGGUGGCAAAGCUGCGGGCCAGUUUGGACAGCAUCAUGAAGGAAAAAUUUGGCGAUGUGGAAUCGGGCAGCGGCGACUUCUUUCUCCAGGAGGAGCGCAUGAAGCAGCUACGACUGAGUUACGAAGCACAGUGCAGGGAAUUGCAGGAUCGUGUGGACGAGCUGCAGUCGGAGGUGCGAGACUUCAACAGCCUGGGCCCCCAUGGACCCCACCAGCCCUGCCACAAGCCUCUCUCUGAGGAGCUGGAGAGCAAAAGUCCCGCCAUGGAGUCUGACCCAGGCCUCGGCUCCGAGGAGGUUCAUCCUUUCAGCGUGAGUCUGGAGGCGGAGAUGAUGCUGGAGCAGCAAAAGGAGCAGCAUCUUCAGCAAAUGGAACGGCUGAGGACGCAGCUGGAAGGCCAAAUCAGCGAAUUCAAAGCAACGCUUGAGGAACAGAGGGCAGCCCACCAGGACCAGAAGGACGUGCUGGCCCUCAAGUACCAGCAGGAGGUGCGGGCCUUGAGGGAGGAGCUGGACGGCACGCGGGAGCUCCAGAGCCAGCUCGAACAGGCGGAGCUGGAGCGGACCCGUUCAGAGCAGCAGCAGGCAGGGGAGGUGAACGCCCUGAGGCGGCAGCUGCUGGAGGCCCAGACCCACGCUGGAGAACUGGAGGAGCAGCUGAGCAACCUGCAAGGGCAACCCCUUCUUCCUGAGAUGGAGGAGCUUAGAAAGCAACACGGCGGUGAGAUGAAGACGCUAGAGAAGAAGAACAUGGAGGUGUUGGAAAGCAGACUGAAAGAGGAGAGGAAUAAACACCAGGAAGAGAAAGAUGCGCUGAAGAAAAGCUGGUUAGAUGGUUUUGAGAAGGAGAAGCAACUCUUGAGAGAAAGCCACGAGGUAGCGCUGAGGACCAGGCUGGAGGAGGAGCGGUCCAUCUUCGAGGAGGAGCAAAGCAGAACCGUGCAGAAGCUGACGGAGGAGUGGCAAAAGGAGCGAGCUCAGCUGGACGAGCAGAACAACGAGGCCCUGCAGACGCUGCUCGAGGAGGAGAUGCUGAGACUGCUCAGAGAGCAGGAGGAGAAGGAGAGCCAGUGGGAGAGCGAGCGUGCUCACCUGGUGCGGCAACAGGAGGAGGCGCUAAUUAAACGUGUGGAGGAGCACGAGCGGAAACUGAAGCGGGAGCAGGAGGAGGAGCGACUGCAGUUGGAGGACGACUACGAGGGGAUGCUCCAGGAGAGGCUGGACGAGGAGCGGGAGAAGCACCGGGCGGAGAAGGAGGAGAUGGAGGAGAGGCUGAGAGCCUUGAUGGACGUGGAGAAGGAGCGGCAGGAGGACAUCCACCGCAACGCCCUGCAGGAGCUGACGCUCAAACACGCCGAGGAGAGGAGCACGCUCGGCGGCCUGCUGGACAAACUACGUGACGACAUCGCUCAGGAGAGGCAGCACAUGGAGGUGAGCUUCUCCCAGAAAAUCAAGGAAAUUGAGCGCCGUUUCUCAGGUGACCAAGAGUCCGUCGCCGAGCGCUUUCGGGCGGACGUAGAGACGCUGGAGCGGCACUACCAAAUACAGCUGCAGCAGCUCUCGGAGAGCCACGCCCAGCAGAAGCUCCACUGGGAGGCGCAGAUGCAGAGAGCGCUCGGGGGCGCCGAGGAGCAAAGGCUUGAGCUGGAGAGGGUACAUGAGGAAUUCUUGGAAGCAAUGGCCAAGAAGAACCAAGCGUUGCAGCAUGACAUGGAGAACAUCAGGAGAACGUCCCAGACCAAAGAAAUGGAGAUGAGUUGCCAGUUGAAAGACCUACACAACCAACUUCAGGAGAGCUUGCAGGCCAACCGUCAGCUCCUCGCUCAGUCCGACGAGGAAGCAGCCGAGGUCAAACUCUUGCUCAGCCAGACAGUGGAAGACUUCCAGCAGGAGAGGGAGGACCUUCUGAACAGCCGUUCGCAGCUGGAGACCAAAUACAAGGAGAUGCUUUCCAUUUCUGAAAGACAGACAGCCGAGAGGAUUCAACUGCUCACUGAGCGUGACGACUUGAAGCUGAGGAUGGAGGAGAUGGAAAAGCUCCUCAGACAGGCAGCAGAUGAUUUUGAUGUGGACAGGAAGGAGCUACAAGAACAUGUGCUCAUUCUCGAGGAGAAGCUGAAAGGAAUCCAUGCCCAGGAUGUGGAGAACAACGAUAUGAGAAAGGUAUGGUUUGUCAGUUGUCCACGUCAAGCGAUUAGAGAAGACACGGUGAUGGAGAUGGAUGCACUGGGGGAACCUUCUGUAGUCGUCCUGGAUAUUGCACAGGAACCGUGUGAAGAACGAGACCCCGUGAUGCUUGAAGCAAGCCAGAACCAAGUCCAGAUAUCUGAUCUCAGCCACUCAUGGACUGAGAAGGACUUGAUGUGCAAUGAUCCGGAAGCAUCUGCGAUUGAGGAACCCGAAGAUGGCCCUGAAGGUUGUUUAGUUACCAGAGAAGAAGACUCUGAGAUGACCACCUGCAAAGCUGAGGACCCUGGGACCGAUGAAGACAAGAAGAAAGCUUCCUCCUACCGAGAGUUCCAAUGUGAAGACUCUGACAGAAGACUCUGUGAAGACUCUGAGGAACAUGAACCCUCUCCUAGCUCGGCAAAGCCUUCACAUGAAGAUAAGCGGGAUUCCUGGGAUGACACCGAGGAACCUGUGGGCCAAGAUGUCGUCUAUGAACUACAAGCUUCGUAUCACCAAGCCAGGGAUGAGAACGUUCUCCUCCAGGAGAAGAUCUCGCUACUCCAGCAGAAGACAGAACUCCUCCAGAGUCUCUUGGAGCACAACAACAAGAAGAUCCUAACGGGUCACGAGUACCUGGAGGAGAACUACAGCCUCAAAGUGAAAAUGUUUUUGCUGCUGGAGCACAUCAAAGUGCUGGAGAUGAAGGCCUUAAAAGUGAAAGAACUUCAGGCUCUCCGUGACGAUUGCCUGCGUGAGAACGUCCAACUGAAGGAACAAAAUGGUGAACUGAAAAAGAGGAUUCAGAGCCUGGAAAGGAACACGUCUCCUGGUUUCCACGACGGACAGAUGUCCCUUUUGGACGAGAUCAACAUGAUGCGAGAGGAGAACUGUAAGCUCGCUGGGUUGUUCAGGGAGUUUGACAUGAGUCCAGGUUCUCCUGGCGGAUCUUGGGAGUCCUGUUCCUCAGAGGACGACAUCUGUGAUCUGGAGGUGAACACCACACCACCACAUCUCCAAGAUAUCUCUGAGCUCCAAGGGAAGGACGCAGCAAAUAGAGCCACGGCCGCCAGCCUCGCUGAUGAAAACGUCAGCCUCAAGCACAGGAUUUCUUCGCUGGAAGAAGAUGACCUGAAACAAGCUCGGGAAGAUCUGACGCACACGCUGGGGCAGCUCAAUCGGGAGAAGGUGUCAGCUGGGCAGGCAGCGGAGGAGUUCAACAAACAGAUCUCCGAUCUUCGCUCGCAAAGCCGGCACUUGCAGAGCGAGAACGAGACGCUAGCGGACAAGAACACCCGCAGCCUGGCGGACGUGGAGAUGCUGAAGAUGCAGCUGGCGCAGAUGAUGAAGGACAGCGAGAGGAAGGAGGUGUUGGCCGUUGAGGAGAAGAAAGAGCUGGCAUCGUGUGUGCGCUCUCUGGAGGCCGAGUUGACCAAAGCUCUGAAGGACACGGCCAGGCUGGAGGAUAGGAACUCCCAGCUGGCCAAGCAGGCCUCUGAGCUCCAGGAGAAGGUAGCGGAGGCGGACUCCAUCGGGAGUCAUCUCGACCACCUGACGGAGGAGAGAAAGGACGCCGACAAGGAGAGGCGGAUUCUUCGUAAGCAGCUGGCCAAAGCGCAGGAGAAGGUGAAGACCACAGAUGAGACCCUCCAGACCCUGGGCCAUGAAAGAGCUUGCUUAAAGUCGGAGCUCCGCAUGGUGCAGCAGGACCGGGACGCCCUCCUCCAGGAAGUUGCGGCGUUGCACAAGAAGCUACAGAAUGCCAACAAUAAGGUCCGAACGGACUCUGGCGGCAUCCUGUCUCACAGACAGCAGCGACACCUGUCUGUCAUCAAAGCCUUGGAGCAGGAGAACGCCUCCUUGAGGCAGGAAGUGGACACCCAGAAGUUAGUGAUCAAGGACCUCGCUGCCAGAGAGGGACUGGCACAGGUGGAGAAGCUUCGGGAGGAAAACCAGGUCCUCAAGGACCAAGUAGAGCGAUUGACUGCUCAGCUGUUAGAGUCGUUCCAGGCUCAUUUUGCGGGACUUCUGCCCUCGUCGCCUUGCAGGAUGGCGAGAAGACACGGCCCUGAGAGCGAUGCGGACGACGGGCAGGACGCUCGCCAACGCAGGAUGGAGCGCAUGGAGGAGAGGAUGAAGGAGAUCGAGGUGUCGCUGCGUAAUGUCAAGCUUCUUCUCCGGGAGAAGGUGGCUCAGCUCAAAGAGCAGGUCCACAAGAACAGCAUCGCCGACGUGCUGAUCCGAGACCUGUACUCUGAAAACGGCCAGUUGCUCAAAGCCCUGGAGAUGUCCAAGCAGAGACGACGGAAAAUGGAGGGGACCGCCCGCCUGGCCCCCAGCGACGUCAAUAAAGUCUGUGUAUGAGACAAAAGUUGUGAUAUUACGAGCAAAAAAAGGCGUACAUUUUCAACCAAAGGUAAUAUUCCAACAAUAAACUCCAAUUUAUGAGGGGAAAAAAGUUGCAAUAUUACAAAAAGUUGGAAAGUUAUGAGAAAAAAAGUUGUAAAUGUGGGGGGGGGAAUCAUUACAAGAAUAAAAUUGUACAUUUACAAAGAAAAAAUCUCCAAAUUACGAGAAAAAAUCAUACAUUUCUAAGGAGAAAUUGAAAAUUUCCAUGAAAAAUGUUGGAAAAUUACAACAAAUAAAAAGUUAUUCUAAAAGUUAUUUAUGAGAAAAUGUAAUAUUACAAAAAAAUUAAUUAGAAAAAGGUUACAUUACGAGAUGUCGUAAAUUUAGGAGAACAAAGUUGUGAAUUCAUGAGGAAAAAAUUAUAAAUUUUGAAGAAGUCGUAAAUAUCCAAGAAAAAGUUUGGUAAAUUAUGAGGAAAAAAAUCCCCAAAAAAAGUAAUAUUACAAAAAAAAUUCAUGAGAAAAAAAAUUACAUUACGAGAUGUCGUAAAUUUAGAACAAAGUUGUGAAUUUAUGAGGAAAAAAUUACAAUAUGAGAAUAUCGUACAUUUACGGGAAGAGUUCUAAUAUUAGGAAAGAGCUUGUAAUAUAAAGUUAUAUUAUAUUUAUGAGAAAAAAGUCACCAAAUUACAUAAAAAGUUAUGAAGGAAGAAGUAUGCCAGAAAUUUUUUAUCUCGUGAGAAAAAAAGCCAUGUUAUGAGAAAAGUUCUUUUUUUUUUUGAAAAUCGUACAUUAUGAGAGAAGUCAUAAAUUUAUGAGAAAAAGUUGUGAUAUUACGAGAAAAAAAGGUUGUAAUAUUCUGAGAAAAAACUCAUAAAUUUAUGAGGGGAAAAAGUUGCAAUAUUACAAAAAAGUUGGAGAGUUAUGAGUCCUAAUGUGAUGAGAAAAGUUGUAAAUGUAGGGGGGAAAUCAUUCCAAAAAUAAAACUCUACAUUUACAAACAAAUAGUCUCAAUACUAUGAGAAAAAAAAUUAUAAAUUUGUAAGAAGUCGUCAAUUUCCAAGAAUUUUUCAUAAAAAAUUAUGAGAGAAAAAGUUAUACAUUUAUGAGAAAAACUUUAAUAUUACAAAAAAGCAAAUUCACGAGAAAAAGUUACAUUAUGAGAGGUCGUAAAUUUAGGAGAAUAAAGUUGUAAAUUUAUGAGGGAAAAAAUGAUAAUAUGAGAAUAUCGCAUAUUUACCGGAAGUGUUGUAAUACCACGAAAGAGUUUGUAAUAUAAAGUUGUAUAUUUUUAUGUGAAAAAAGUCCUAAAAUUACACCAAAAGUUACGGGGGAAGAAGUAUGAAAAAAGAAAAAAGUCAUGUUAUGAGAAAAGUUGUAUAUUAUGAGAAAAGUCAUUCAUUUAUGAGAAAAAGUUGUAAUAUUACGAGAAUAAAGUUGUCACAUUAUGAGAUUAUGAGGAAGUAAAUAUUAUUUUGACACUUGUGUGACUGUUCCCGGUUUUUUUUUUUAAGUUUGUCCU